AUGGGCAUCAUCGAAUCUUUCGAUCUUCCGCUGAACCUCAACGAUGCUCUUCCUGGAUCCAACUCGGAACCACUUUUUAUCGACAUGCCUUUGGACCAUUUCGCAAAUUCGACUGACGACGGUGUCACUACUUUUCAAAAUCGCUAUUGGAUAAACGCGACGUACUACGAGCCUGGCGGACCAGUGUUCAUCUUCGAUUCUGGCGAACAAGAUGCUGCUCCCUUGGUUCCAUAUUAUCUCCAGGUAGGGCUUUCUGUGAUCUUAGAAUUAUCGCAAACCGCUGCUGAGGUUGUACAUCCGAAGUCACCUUUCCUACUACCUUCUUGA